CGCGAUGCCCUCGCCCGGGCCCGCAGCGCCGCUGCUCCGCGACGCCCUCGCCCGGGCCCGCAGCGCCGCCUACUCCCCGCGCCUCCAGCUCAAGGCGCUCGAGCUCUGCUUCGCCGUCUCCCUCGACCGCCUCCCCUCCUCCUCCUCCUCCCCAAAUCAAAAUGAUCCCGCCUCCGAGCCCCCCGUCGCCAACUCCCUCAUGGCCGCCAUCAAGCGCUCCCAGGCCAACCAGCGCCGCAACCCGGACACCUUCCACUUCUACCACCAGGCCCCAACAACCCCCGACGUCGUCAAGGUCGACCUCUCCCACCUCGUCCUCGCCAUCCUCGACGACCCCCUCGUCAGCCGCCUCGUCCAACUCGUCGUACUCGUCCCCGGCGUCCAUGUCCUCGUACGGGUCGUCCUCGGAGAUCGUCCCGGCGGAGGACGACGACGGUGGGAGCGCGAGGCCCGCCAAGGACGCGGCGACGCAGCCGCGGAUAGUCAGGGAGGUGGAGGUGGAGCCGGCGCCGCUGGUUGACCCGCUGGAGGACGACGUGGUGGGCAAGGUGCUGGACGCGGACGAGGACGGGAUCGUCGCGGCGGCGAUGGGUGCGCUCCGUGAGGCCACGCGGGAGAGCGCGGAGCGGCGGCGCGCGCUGUGCACGCCGCGCCUCCUCGGCGCGUUGCGGCGGGUGCUGCUGCUCCCGCGCCACGCGGCCGCGCGGGUGGACGCGGCGGCCGCGCUCGUCAACCUCUCCCUGGAGCUGGCGAACAAGGUCCACAUCGUGCGCGCGGGCGCCGUGUCGGCGCUCGUGGAGGUGCUCCGGUCGGGGGCCUCGGCGCCCGAGGCGCGGGAGCACGCGGCGGGGGCGCUGUUCGGGCGCUUGGUGUUUGCUUUUGCAUAA